UCUAAAAUAACAUGGAGAAAACAAUGCACAAAUCUUGAGAAGAAGAGAAGUCAGAUCCCCCUGCAAAUGUGGGAGAGGUGUAUGAUACGAGGAAAUUAACUGAAAGAAAGUCCCAGUUUGCAACUUCUUCAGUCAUAGGUGAGGGAAGGAGAAGAAAGAAAGAUGACUAUUUUGGACAACAUAAAUAAAAGGAACCAUAGCGUUAUCGGAGGAAGACUAGAUAAUGAGCUUUCUAAUACAGAUAAUAUCAUCACUGAAGGAAUACUUUCAUCAAAUGCUCGCAUUGUUGGAGGGCUAGAGAGUCUAUCAGAAGUUAGUAGUAAAUAUACAGAAAGAUCUAGUACUGCUCUUCGUUCUCCUGAACUAAAAAUUCCUGAUUACUUACCGGCACAGAGAGAAAAGGAUCAAGGCAAGAAGACGCUAGUGCUUGAUUUAGAUGAAACUCUUGUUCAUAGUUCAUUCAGGCCUCCUCUUAGAGGAGAGAGACCUCCAAAUUUAGUCCUUAGCAUCGAAUGGGACAAUGGCGAGAGGGACUAUGUAUUUAUCAGAAUCAGGCCACACUGAUUUUCAUUCCUUUUGAAAAUGACCCAGUUAUUUGAAGUAGUCAUUUUUACUGCAUCAGUUUCAAACUACGCGCUGCCCUUAGUCGAAAAGCUAGAUGCUAAGAAAUAUGGGUUUCAUGUGCUUUCCAGAAGACAAUGCACCUUACUCAAUAACAAUUAUUUCAAGGAUUUAAGCAGGCUGGGAAGAGACCUGAAAGAUGUCAUAAUGAUCGAUAACAGCCCUCAAGCUUACGCCUGGCAACCUGCUAAUGGCAUUCCCAUUGAAUCUUGGUUUGAAGACACUAGAGACAGGGAGCUAAGUAAGCUUGUACCUGUACUGGAGAGACUAGCACAGGUAGAUGAUGUGAGAAGCUACAUUCCAAGGGUAGUUGACUCUCACUCUGUCAAUUAUUACGAGGCUUUUAGAGUUCUCAAGGCUCCAAGAGAACCUUCACCUUUAGACUCGUUCCUGAAAUCAUGGAGAAAUAUUAAGAAAAAUGCUGCAGCUUUGUUCUCAGGAAGUUCUGUCACUGAAGGAUCUAAAGAAGAUGAAGUCUCCAAAGAAGAAGAAGAAAAAGAGCAUCCCCAGCUGAAUCCUCCAAAGACUUAAAAGAUUCAAAAUUAUUUAAAGGAAG